ACACCAUACUCACUACAUUGUUCUUCACAGCUAAGUUUAGCUUAGGAAUUCUUGACACCAGCUAAUAAGCCUAAACCAAAACAUUUAUCGUACUCACUUAAAACAAACAUAUGUUUUAACCUUGUAGUAUCUUUUUUGGAUCCUGAAUCUCAUAUUUUCCAGCCUUUUAUACUUUUUAAUUAUCAAUAUUCUCAUUUCCUAAGAUUUGGUCAUGGGAAAUGAAAAAAACUUGAAAGGAAGCGUUUCGUUGAGAAUGAUAUUACCCGGGAAGAAGAAGAAGAAUAAUGAAAAGGGUAUUGCGUAUGUGAAAAAUAACCGGAUUUUGAUUACCGUGAAUGUGGUUGGGAGUUCUGGGCCAUUGAGAUUUCUGGUGAAUGAAGACGACAAAGUGUCAAAAGUUAUUGAGUCGUCAUUAAAAUUUUAUGCUCGUGGUGGUCGCCUCCCCAUUCUUGGGUCCAAUUUCAAGAGUUUUAUACUCUAUGCAUCAGAUGCAGGAUCAGUUGCUUUGAAUUCAAGUGAAGAAAUUGGGUCUUACGGCGGGAGGAAUUUCAUGUUAUGUAAAAAGAACAAUCAAGUACCCGAAGAAGCUAGGAAACGGAUGAUUGGACGACAACAGAGUGGACGUUGGAAGUCGUGUAUCUUAUGCAUAGCUCAAUGAUCCAUCAUCAAUUCGUGGCAUGUUAAUUGGAACUUGUACCUUAUGAAUCUAGAUUUCAGGAUCAUCCAAGAUUAUCCUAAGUUUGGUAUAAUUAAUGGAGUUCCCAACAACUUGAUAACA